AUGAAGCCAUCUCUCUCUCCAUUCCUCAGCUUUCUCCUUGUGGCUCUGAUGUUCGCAGGACUGUCCGGAGGCAGAAAUGCGGGCCACCAAGGCACCGCGGGUCCGAGAGGACCGAGGGAAGAGUCUCCCGGACAAGGAACAGAGGGGUCACACUUGCUACACCGCCAAGAAAAACGCCACGUCUUACCACGUACUCCCCCUUACAAGGAACCAGAACCGGAUUUCAAAGUUGUCAACUGCAAGAGAAGUGAAGGGCACUGUCAAGAAUACUGUAAUUAUAUGGAAACCCAGGUGGGUUACUGCUUUAAAAAGAAGUAUGCCUGCUGUUUACAUCAGAACUGA